UAGUUUUGGAGAGGAGAUAUCUCGAACUUAUAUUCAUUUUGUUUUCUAGUGACGAUUGUUCAAAGGCAACUUUAGUAAGGUCGUUUCAGUGAAUGGAGCAGAAAAAUGUCCCGGACUUUAAAGAUGAGAUGAAGAUGGAAGAAGAAAGUUUUCCACCAGAAUUGAUCAAGACAGAGGUUAAGAAGGAGGAAGAUAACUUAUCUAUUAAAUCAGAAGUGUAUUUGAAUGGUGUUUCUCAGUUGUAUUGUCCCAAUCAGGAAUCAGCAUUAGUUCCACACCAAUUGGUUUAUACAAGUGAAAAUGCUUACAUUCGCUCUGAAUGUUUCUAUAGUACUUGCAGAAAAACGUCUUUAGGUUCCCAUCAAAGCGUUCAUACCGGCAUAAAACCUUUCAAAUGUUCUGAUUGUUCCUUCAGUGCAAGCAACAAAUCAGACCUGGUUCAACAUCAGCGGACUCAUACCGGUGAAAAACCGUAUAAAUGCUCUGAAUGUUCCUUCAGUGGAAGCCACAAAUCAAACUUAAUUAUACAUCAGCGGACUCAUACCGGUGAAAAACCGUAUAAAUGCUCUGAAUGUUCCUUCAGUGCAAGCCACAAAUCAAACUUAAUUAUACAUCAGCGGACUCAUACCGGUGAAAAACCGUACCAAUGCUCUGAAUGUUCCUACACUGCAAGCGUAAAACGAAACUUAGUUCGCCAUCAGAUGAUUCAUACCGGCGAAAAACUGUAUAAAUGCUCUGAAUGUUCCUACAGUGCAAGCCAAAAAUCAACACUGGUUCAACAUCAGCGGACUCAUACCGGCGAAAAACCGUAUAAAUGCUCUGAUUGUUCCUACAGUGCAAGCCAAAAAUCAAGCCUGGUUUGCCAUCAGCGGACCCAUACCGGUGAAAAACCGUUUAAAUGCUCUGAAUGUUCCUACACUGCAAGCGUAAAACGAAACUUAGUUCGCCAUCAGAUGAUUCAUACCGGCGAAAAACUGUAUAAAUGCUCUGAAUGUUCCUACAGUGCAAGCCAAAAAUCAACACUGGUUCAACAUCAGCGGACUCAUACCGGCGAAAAACCGUAUAAAUGCUCUGAUUGUUCCUUCAGUGCAAGCCGAAAAUCAAACUUAGUUAAACAUCAAAUGACUCAUACUGGCAAAAAACCGUAUAAAUGCUCUGAAUGUUCCUACAGUGCAAGCCAAAAAUCAGACCUGGUUCAACAUCAGCGGACUCAUACCGGCGAAAAACCGUAUAAAUGCUUUGAAUGUUCCUACAGUGCAAGCCAAAAAUCAGACCUGGUUAAACAUCAGCGGACCCAUACCGGUGAAAAACCGUAUAAAUGCUCUGAUUGUUCCUUCAGUGCAAGCCACAAAUCAGACCUGGUUAAACAUCAAAGGACUCAUACUGGCAAAAAACCGUAUAAAUGCUCUGAAUGUUCCUACAGUCCAAGCCAAAAAUCAAGCCUGGUUUGCCAUCAGCGGACCCAUACCGGCGAAAAACCGUAUCAGCGGAACGAUAUCGAAGAGAAAUCACAUCAUUCUCACGAAAGCAGUCUGAGUCAGGCUUCGAAUUACUUCCAAAACAGUAGCGUUGGAGGACCCAUUUUUGUUAAGCCUCUACCUUUCGUGAAGCCUCUCACAUUUGUAAAGCCUCUGUACUUCGAUGACCCCUUUCUUUCCAGUUCCAGCUUACCUCCCAGUUCCUUCCCCAAUUAUCAACCAACAGCUCCUCUCACCAUCUCACCUGGUGAAUCUGUUGUCACACAUGCUCACCUUGCAGCUCCUCUCACCAUCUCACCUGGUGAAUCUGUUGUCACACCUGCUCACCUUGCAGCUCCUCUCACCUUCUCACCUGGUCCAUCUGUUGUCACACCUGCUCACCUUGCAGCUCCUCUCACCUUCUCACCUGGUGAAUCUGUUGUCACACCUGCUCACCUUGCAGCUCCUCUCACCUUCUCACCUGGUCCAUCUGUUGUCACACCUGCUCACCUUGCAGCUCCUCUCACCUUCUCACCUGGUGAAUCUGUUGUCACACCUGCUCACCUUGCAGCUCCUCUCACCUUCUCACCUGGUCCAUCUGUUGUCACACCUGCUCACCUUGCAGCUCCUCUCACCUUCUCACCUGGUGAAUCUGUUGUUACACCUGCUCACCUUGCAGCUCCUCUCACCUUCUCACCUGGUGAAUCUGUUGUUACACAUGCUCACCUUGCAGCUCCUCUCACCUUCUCACCUGGUGAAUCUGUUGUCACACCUGCUCCUACUAUCUCACCUACCUACUCUACAACGUUUCCUUCUCCCUCUCAUAUUUCCUGCCAGUACAGCGACAAUGGGACGUAA